AAUAAUAAUUAUGACCUAUUAGGCUAUAUAACCCUAUAGCACGACAAGAGCACUUUAGGUGACUAGUGGGGAGUUUAUUGGACGAGGGGAGGAAAACAAAACUUCACUAAUUUGAUAAUACUUAUGUAGGUUGGUUUUGUUGAUUAACGAGUGGUUGUUAAGACUGUGUUCAACUAAUAACGUCGGUCGUCAAAUCUUUUCGAUGAAUCCGUUGAACCGGUUCACAAAACCUGACUGAACGAUUCGUUCAUGAAUCAAUCGGUCCGAGCUCUCGAGUCAAGUGGCUGGAUUAGGCAUAGCAUACAAACUUUCCAUCCAUUCUUUCUGCACAACGCAUUCCGAGCACACAUCUUACGGUUUCUGCCAAAUAUAAAGGUAACGCAGCAGAAAUGGAAAGCAUACUGAUUUGGCUUUUUAGCUUAUAUGUAUACGAAACAUUGGUUUAAAUAAACCAGCAAAAACAAGAUAUAUGGGCUAUUUAAAUUAUGAACUAUUGUGUAUUGUCAAUGCAAAUUAUAUGUAGAUAUGUAUCGUCGCGAUGUCAGAGACCACGUGAUGACGCGAUUACGCAAUGACGUAAAAUAACAGCUGAAUAUAACAGCUUUUAAAACUGGUUCUUUGAAAUUAACUGUUUGAAGGAAUUGUUUCCCUUGAAGAGUCGGAUCUGCCAUCACCAUAACCUCUUCUGUCUGUUUUCUUGUGGGACAGUAAUGUACGUAUACUGCCAUCUUGUGGAUAAUGGUACACUUACGGGAACAGAAUUGCAAAUUAAUCUAUAAACGCUAAUUAGACUUCAUUAGUCAGACGGCAGCUGUGUUCUAAGAAACAUGAUUCACCACUUACCUUCCACUUCGUUGCUUUAUUUGUUUAAUAAUAAACAUUCGAAUUAUUUCUAUAAAGCCUAAUACCUAAUUGAAAACAUAAAAUAUUCAAAAAUAAAUAAAUAAUACAUAUCCCAUAAUUUACAUGGCAUGAGUCACAUUCUCUCUCUCUCCAGUAUUUUCUUAGGCUCCUCCCCCUAGUCCUACUUCCAAGAUCAUUAGUCUCACCCUCUGCACUGUAUUCUCACUCACUUCUCUGGUUGAAGGAAGAAGGUAAGGUUAUUUCAGAAAUGUUCAAUUAUCACAGGCAACUCUCUCAUUAAUGGAUGACUUCCUGAAGUCUUUGGAUAUUAAACUAUCCGCAAAUGUUCCCCAAAGGAUGGAUGCUUGAUCAAAAGACUUCAUUUUUCAGCUUGCAGCCAGGGUAAUAGGGACAUCCCGGAAGAUGGUAAACCAGACUGAAGGUUAUGUCUCAGAGCUAAUAACUCGCACCACGACUGCUUGUCUGCUUUUUAUUUUUGUGCUCUCCACCUUUCUAGGGAAUGCUCUGGUGUGCACCGCGGUGGUACGGUUCCGUCAUCUGCGCUCCAAAGUGGCGUACGUGUUUGUAGUGUCUUUGGCUGUCUCAGAUCUCUUAGUUGCCUCUCUUGUGAUGCCAUGGAAGGCAGCUGCUGAGAUUGUGGGUUUCUGGCCAUUCGGCAGUUUCUGUGAAGUAUGGAUAGCCUUUGACAUCAUGUGCUCCACCGCCUCCAUUCUUAACCUGUGCAUCAUAAGUGUGGAUCGUUACUGGGCUAUUGCUAUCCCAUUGAGCUACGAGCAGAAAAUGACAAGAAGAGUGGCAUUUGUCAUGAUUGGAGUGGCAUGGACCCUCUCUGUUCUGAUCUCAUUUAUUCCCGUGCAGCUGAGUUGGCAUAAGACUCCCGGCCAAAAAGAAGACCUAGGAGGAAUGGCUGAAAAAUGCGAUGCCAGUUUAAACCGCACUUACGCCAUCACUUCAUCUCUAAUCAGCUUCUACAUCCCUGUCUCCAUAAUGAUUGUCACUUACACACGAAUCUUCCUCAUAGCGCAAAGGCAGAUCCGAAGGAUAUCAAUGCAAGAGUGCACCAUUAAACAUGUUCAGUCCUGCCAAAGCUGCAAUAAAGCUCCUGAAGAGAAGUUGAAAAGCUCAUUUAGGAGGGAAACCAAAGUCCUGAAAACUUUGUCAAUGAUCAUGGGUGUGUUUGUCUGCUGUUGGCUCCCUUUCUUCAUUCUCAACUGCAUGGUGCCAUUUUGUGACCCUGGCCUCCACAAUGCCGGGCAGAUCCCAUGUGUCAAUAAGACAACCUUUGAUGUGUUUGUUUGGUGUGGGUGGGCGAACUCUACCUUGAAUCCUGUAGUUUAUGCCUUUAAUGCAGAAUUCCGCAAAGCGUUCUCCAGUCUCUUGGGAUGUGGGAAGUUGUGCUCUCGGAAUACGAUUCAAACGGUUGACUUCAGCAACGAGCUGGUGUCGUAUCAUCGUGACUCCACAAACCUUCGAGAUGUUCACCUCUUCGGUCACCCCUGUCUGCAUCCGCACGCUGUCAGAGACAUGCGCUUUGAUACAGUGUCACAGAUGGCUGAAGUCCCUUUUGAGACUGAAUGUAACUUUGUAUAUGGGGAAAGGCCUCCUAUGCUAGAUCAUGGAGAAACAGAAUUAUCCUUGGAUAAAAUCAUACCAUUUACAAAAGCAGACGAGUUAGUGUCUCUUGAACAUGUGGUUCAUAAUGAAGGCGAAUCUCCUAGUAUCUCUGGAAUACUGUGAUCUGUAAAUAUAUUUAGGUGUACUUUGACUGAGAAUAAUUAUUUUUUUAUGUAUUAGACAAACUGAGUGAGACAGUGACUAAUUGAAUUGGCUUAGAGAACUGAUUUUGAAUGCUGUUUCCUAAUUACUCUGCUCAUGAAUCAUUCAAAAGGUCACUCACUAUGAGAUAUACAUAAAGAUCCUAUAUAGAGCUGUACAUUUCUUUUAUCAGCUAAAGCUCAUGAUACAGUAUGUUAUUUCUACUUGAAAAUGUCCAAUCUUUUUCAGUUAACUGACUAAAUGGAGGAAAUAAACAUGUCUUCUUGAAAAUUUUUGUUCACUUUGCUGAAAAUGAAUUACCACUGACUUUGAAAUGUCCUCCAUCCUCUCUUAAAGGGAAAAAGGCACUGACAGAUUUUGAUUUAUUUAUUUGAGCAUGGCAUAUGAGAGUUCAUGCAACCAUCUUAACAAUUACUUAAUUACUUAAUCUGUCUGGAAACUCUUUUGUCCAAACAAAGCUUCUGUUCAUUAAAUUGAUUUAUUCACAGUAUGUCCACCCUGUUGGAGGCUGGGAUAUAUAUAUUUUUUUAAAGAUAAUACAAUUGAAACUUAAAAUAUGUGGAUGUAUAAAAUGAUAGCUUACAUGAAAUGCUUUAAGGAAGUUGUUGUCCUGCAGUGUGAUAUCCAAUACUCAAUCUUAAGUAUUUCAUUCUUUUAUAGACUAUAUCUUCUGGUGUUGUUACCUCAUAUAUUAUUUGAUGGACUACUUGGAAAAUGUGUACAUUUUGCCACUCCGGCAGAAGGUCUGGACGCUAUUGCAGCUUUCAUUGGACAAUGACCGCCCAAGGGGACGUUUGACUGACAUGUAAUGCAACCAAUCACAGUUCGUUUUGUUUCGCGUCAUGUUUAGGGGCGUGAAAAUGUAAAGUCGAUGUCCCUACAAUAAAAGACCAGCGUGCAUCUAAUAAAUUAUUCAUUUAAGAACACUGUGCAAGUUUACUGCACGACGGAUUUCUUAUUCCAUGAGGGGGUUUUGCGUCACGGCAUUUGUUUCUAGGCGGACCGUUCAAGAACGCGACACACACGUCUCCCGGACAUCAUGUAGAAUUCAACCAACCAGAUGGAGACUUCGAAAAUUCUAAUGUGUUUCCAGUUAAGUGUGCCAUAUGCAUGUUUAUGGCUGGUUUAUGACUACUCUGAAAUAGGAAAAAUAAGAAAAAGAAAAAAAAAUCAAAAUGGUCAAACUUUGAAAUCAUGCAGUACCAGGAUCAAAAUAUUCACUUUCCUGUAUACAUUUAUAUAAAGUUUAACCUAAAUUGAUUUAAAAAGAAAUCCCAAUCCCCAAAUGUUUACAAAAAUAAUUAAAUUAAUUAAUUAAAGAAUGUCUAGCCAACAUAGUAAUGACUUUUAUUUAUAAAAAAAAAAAAAAAAAAAAAAACUUAAAUUGAACAAGCAUAAUGCAGCUUUUACUUGAGCAGAUAAAGAAGACAAAUGAGCACUCAUAUCAUUCUGAUAUCAUAUCAUAUUUGUUUUUAUUAGGAGUUUUAUACUAAAACAGGUUCAUGGACAAAAUAUAAGUUUAUGAAUACAUGUUAAGAAAAAAGUAUACAAAAAAAAAAAAAAAAUAUUUUCACUGAUGGAAUGUAUUUUGCCUUUGGUAGUAACAUUCAACAAACCAUCGCUUAACUAUUAAUAAAUUAAGUGUUUGUUCUGUAUUGCUGUAUUUACAGGAAAGUCUCGUAUAAUCCAAUACAAAAUAUAAAUAUAACAUGAAUCAUAGUGAUAAAACACACUUAACUUUUUUAGUCACAUACGCACGUGCACACACGCUCGCACACGAUGAACUUUGAACAAACUGUUAGCCUAAUGUAUGCACAUUUUGGACACU